AUGGCCCGCUGCUUGGGGCCAGUGCUGCUGCUGUUAUUGCUACUGGGGUCGGAGAGCUCCGCCGGAGGGAACCGAUGCGUGGACGCGGCCGAGGCGUGCACGGCGGACGCGCGCUGUCAGCGGCUACGCGCCGAGUACGUGGCGCAGUGCCUGGGGCCGGGUGGCUGUCCCCGCGCCCGCUGCCGCCGCGCCCUGCGCCACUUUUUCGCCCGCGGUCCGCCCGCGCUCACCCACGCGCUGCUCUUCUGCCCGUGCUCCGGCCCCGCGUGCGCCGAGCGCCGACGCCAGACCUUCGUGCCUGACUGCGCCUUCUCGGGGCGUACCGCCGUCACCCCCAACUACUUGGACAACACGAGCGCGCGCGUGGCACCCUGGUGCGACUGCAGAGCCAGCGGAAACCGGCAUGAGGAGUGUGAAGCCUUCCGGGGGCUCUUUACAAGGAACCGCUGCUUGGAUGGUGCCAUAAAGACCUUUGAGAGUGGGUGGACCCCAAUCCUGCAGGACCAGCUGGACCUCCACCGGAACCCUGAGCAGGCAGUGACUGCACUCAUGGCUCUUUCCUGGACACAGUUCUCAGCCAGCUUUAUUUCUUUGCUUCCUUAUCCACAUGCCUCUUCCUCAAGAUGGUGGCCUUGAUGUUACCAGGCUUAAGUGGGAAGCCCACACCCUCCAUCUGAUUUUCACCACGAGGCCAAGUCACUGUGUCCCACUGAGUCUCACUGGGUCUCUGCUGCUCACAAGCAUGUUACUGUUUGGAGACUAGAGGCAGUUUCCAACAUCGCAAGGCCCUGGAUCUCAGGUCUCUCCACCCCCUUGCCCUUCUGCUCAUAAACUGGCUAAUUCUUUCUUGAACUCUUCUUUCUUGUGAAGCCUUGCCAAAAGCAGCCAAUAAAAAUCAACACAUA